AUGGAUAUUGGUAACAUGGCUGCGCAUUUUGAAUGCCUAAGGCUUGGUGCAUUGGGUGUCAUUGAUCAUCUGUUGAACGAGCCUAUAGACGGAGCUGCUGUUCGUUUCGCUAUGGACACAGGUGUUUUACAUUAUUGCGCUAAAGGUGUUGAGUUUGGUUGUUCACAAUCAAAACUUCAUGCUGUAAGCAUAAUUGAAAGUAUGCUGCGGACCUCAGAGGGGCUUCAAUACUGCUGCGUCUUGGCUGAUCGGUUUUUCGUCAUAGACAAUCUCCUUAAGAAGCUGCUUGCUUAUAUUCCAACCAUGAUAGUGGAUGAAACUUGUACCCAGAUAUUCCGUCUUGUUGUUUCUUGCUACGCCAAACUCUCCCAAAAAUCCAGGGCUCGUGACGGAUUAAGGUGUUACAUGCCUAUCAUGCUGUUCAACAGGACCUUUGCUGGUUUACGUGCUAAUGACCCAGUUGCUGAUGGCUAUGUGAACCUGCUGUUUCAGAAUCUGCAACUCAGAGCAAUGAAUUAG